UAAUCGCUCGGCGCUCGUUCACCGUCAGCUCGGUUUUCGCUUCAAUCGUCGAGUUCGAACGUCUGCAGCAGCAGUUCCUCUUUCUAUCUAUUGGUGUGCGGUGUUGGAUUGCGUGUUCUGUGUCAACUUUUGACCGUGUUGUGGAUAUUCUCAAUUAGUUUUGGCUGCCUUCGUCAUCGCCGGGGAGUGUAGAAGUCCGAGCCCCAUCCAUAUGGAAACGGAAGCAGCAGCAGCAGCAGGACAAUAAUUUGCUAGUAGAUUCGGCGUAGCGUGAAAAGACCGAACGAAAAAAAAAAAAAAUCCAUUUUCAUCGUCAUUGCUUUGCGUUCCUCCCCGUCCCGUUCGAUUGUCAUUCGGUGGAGCUCACUGCUAGUGUGCGCGAGUUUUAUUCCUUUUUGCAGUGAGUCAAGAGUGUUGUAGGGCAAAAAAAAAACGCGACUUUGCAAUCGUGCUUCGGGAAGAAAAGUUUGCUUAGUCAAGAUUUGUGUGGGAAAAAGAUCGAGAAUCAGGUGAAAAAUUAUUGGAAGGAAGAAUUAUAAAUCCAGCUUUUGUGUUGCUCGAGUUUAAAGAGUGAGUGCGGGCGAAGCAAAAGGCAAUAAUCACAACAACAACAACAAUCAGCCAUUCCCCCCUUUUCGCGUUUGUCAUCACCGUCAACGUUCGGCCAAUCAAUCAGACGAGUGCAGAAUGAAUUUUGGGCAUAGUAGCAGCAGCAGCAGUCGUUAAACCGUUCACUGAAGUUUCCGACCAAUCGCCAACCGGAACCGGUCCUGGGAGGCAGCCACCGCUGCGUAGAUCUGACAACUGUUUGCGGUCGUCCCAGGAGUUUGCUCGCUGCUGUGUCGCUUGUGUUUGUGUUUGUGUCGCUCCAGAUGAAUGCUUGAAGGGGUUGGAAGGCGAAAACCGACCAAGUAGAAGAUUUUUUUUCAAGAAGAAUAUUCCCCAAAAAGUCUCACGAUUGAAGUGUUCGAAGAAAUGAGUGGAAGCAGCAGUGUCGGUCCGUCGGCCUCGGCAAGUGCUGUCUCGACGCCGAUCAAUGCCGGAACGCGACCGGACUCGGCACCGGCCUUCGGAUCCUCGCAGGCUUCGACCCCACCGAAUGCGGCGUCCUCCUCGUCCGCUGGGGGGAAAUUUCUAGAUCCUCGUUCGGCCGAAGAGAAGAAGUUUCGCCGGACGUCGCUGCUGGUUCCGCUGCACAAGCUGCCCUCGUGCGAGAGUCUCAGCCUCAGCCCGGGACCGGCGUCUCCAGGAAUCUCAGGAUGGAACGACAGCAGUCCAAAGAUCGACGCCGGCUUUCCAGAUAAGCAAUCCAACAACGAUUCAACCAAACUAAAUCGAAAGGAAUCCUACAAAGCACAACGAAAGAACUACCGCCGCGAGAAGAAACGGGUCGCCUCGGAGCUGCUCAAUUCGCUCCAGGACCCGGCCGUGAUUGUCCUGGCCGAUUGGCUAAAGAUCCGGGGGACACUCAAAUCGUGGACGAAGCUGUGGUGCGUGCUAAAGCCGGGACUGUUGUUCAUCUACAAGAGCCCCAAAACCAAAGGCAGCCAUUGGGUCGGAACGGUGCUGUUGACUUCCUGCCAGGUGAUUGAGAGGCCCAGCAAGAAGGAUGGAUUCUGUUUCAAGCUGUUCCACCCGAUGGAUCAAACGAUAUGGGCCCCACGGGGGCCGGAUAAAGAGACGAUGGGUGCCGUCGUCCAACCGUUGCCCACAUCCUACCUCAUAUUCCGAGCUCCCAGCCAGGCUGCCGGAAAGUGUUGGAUGGAUGCCCUGGAACUGUCACUGAGAUGUUCGGCGCUAUUGGUACGAUCCGUACCGGUAAUCGACACUAGCACCCCGGAAGGAGCUACCAGCACCCACGAGACACAGUGGUCCGAGGCGGACUACGAGAAGCACUUUGACGAACAUGUCCCCAAAUUGAAAGAGCACCUUAACUACCUAAUGAAGUACCUCCCGCCGUCCCCACCGGAGUCAAAGACCCUCCACGUAGAACCGAUCGAAAAGUCCUUCCACCGUAGUCCUUGUCCCUCGCCGACUCCCAUCUUUCAGCAGCUGUACCUGGCAGUGGCCCACUGGGAGCGGUAUCUUCGCGAUUCGCCGGAUUUGCUUCGCUAUCCCAACGAUCAGGGAACAUUGUCCCCUGCCGGCACCGAUGACGAUGUGUUCGAUGAGAAUGAUGACUUUUCCAUUGGGAGCAGACGCGGUUCACUGCAGGUUGGAUACUCGCCUGGUCCCCAUGGGAAAUUACUGGAAAGUACCGACGAACAGCGCCAGCGGCGCCGCAGCAGUCCGGCCGAGUUCAACAAGGAGUGCGGAACCAGUGGCAUUACGAUUCGGAUCUCCGACGGUCAAUACUUGGACAUCGACAGCCAGCCGGACCAGGGCACGUUGGUCAUGUCGGCCGGGGAGUCCGAUUCGGAGUCCGACAUGGGCGAGGGCUUGGAGGUGGAAGAGUUUCCUGAGACACCGUACGUGCACUCGUCGGAGGAGGAAUUCGGAGCGGCUGGUGAGCAGGUGGAGGAGCUACCCGAGGAGCACAAGAGCCUGAUUUGGUUCCUGGUCAAACAGGUGCGGCCCGGCAUGGAUCUGAGCAAGGUGGUGCUGCCGACGUUCAUUCUGGAACCGCGCUCGUUCCUGGACAAGCUGGCCGAUUCGUACUACCAUGCGGAUAUUCUUUCAAAAGCCGUCCUCGAGGACGACCCGUUCACGCGGAUGAAAACCGUCGUACAGUGGUACCUAUCCGGGUUCUACAAGAAGCCCAAGGGCCUCAAGAAGCCCUACAAUCCGAUCCUGGGCGAAACGUUCCGCUGCUUCUGGCAGCACGAGAACGGCAGCCGGACGUUCUACAUUGCCGAGCAGGUCUCGCAUCAUCCGCCGAUUUCAGUAUUCUACGUCACGAACCGGCAGGACGGGUUCAGCAUCAGCUGCAGCAUUCUGGCCAAAUCGAAAUUCUACGGCAACAGUACUUCGGCGAUACUGGAGGGGGUGGCCACGUUGACGCUGCUCCCUCGGGGGGAAAGCUACACCCUGACGGUGCCGUACGCCCACUGCAAGGGCAUCCUGAUGGGGACGCUCUCGAUGGAACUGGGAGGGAAGGUUUCGGUCGAGUGCGAAAAUACGGGCUACAAGACGGAACUGGACUUCAAGCUGAAACCGUUCCUCGGAGGCAACGAAUAUACCAAUCUGGUAACCGGGAAGCUGAAGCUGGGCAAGGAAACGCUAGCGAACAUUAACGGCCAUUGGGAUGGGGAGAUUAGGAUUAAGGAUUCUCGAACCAGCGAGGAAUCGGUGUUGUUCACUCCGUCACCGGAAGUUCGUAACAAACGGUUGAAGCGCUUCACUGUGCCAAUGGAGUCGCAGGGAACGACCGAAUCGGAGCGGCUCUGGCAACACGUUUCGGCUGCCAUCCGGAGAGACGACCAGGUGGGUGCGACCGAAGAGAAGACGGCACUGGAAGAGGCUCAGCGCAUCUCAGCGAAGGAACGGAAAGCGACCUGCUCCGAGUGGGUGCCGGGACUGUUCCAGCAAGAUCUGGUUACUGGUCAGUAUCACUACAAGUACGCUGACCUCCGUCCGUGGGAUCCGCGGAACGAUCUGCGGCAGUACGAGUGCAACUACCGGAUCCAAACCAAGACCCGGCACCAGGCGCCGAUGGUACGGACGGCCUCGGUGGUCAGUGCCGAACCCCUUAGCAUUCUGCAGGCAGAAUCGCGUGGUUCACUGCGCAAGACGCGCAUGGUGGUGGCCGGUACGGUUCUGAAAGCUCGCAAAAUCUCAUCCACCACGUCGACGCCGGAUCUGAACGACCCGAACUCGGACUCUAGUCACUCGAAUGAACAUGACAUUGGCAUUUCCAAUACUAGUAAACGCAGGGUAAUGCAUACGCUGGACGACAUCAACAAAAAGCUGGAGGAACACUCGAAGAAGCUCUGCAAGCUGCAGCUGGAUAUGGAUAAAAUCCACUGGGCUCCGAAGGGCCACGGCAGCGGCAGUGGCAGUUUAAGCGGUCUGCUGGCUCCCUCGAACCUGAAGAUGAUCGCGUACGGAGUGCUUGGUCUGUUGAUACAGGUGCUGGUGGCAUGGUUCCUAACAAAGCGAUCGCUUGCCAGUGUGGCCAGUUUGCCCACGAGCGGCGAUUCCGCGGGUGCUAGCGGCACUGGUGGUAGUCAGUAGAGAGUAGAGGUAAUUUUUAUUGGAUUUUAUCAAGCACUAUUCUUGUUCGAAGACGAAACAAUCAAUACACAACAUAACACACACACACACAUACACAAAUUGCCAAUCAUAUGUUGACGAUGUCGAUGAGGAUGGUCGGGAUUGGGAUUUCAAGGGGCAACGAGCAACCUAGCCACGAUCCGAUGGUGUGGAGCUCGAGCGACACGAAUUGCCUAAAAGGUUUGCAAGUGUCGAUAAAACCUAUGUUUAUGGAAAAAAGGAAAUAGCUUAAAUCUGAAAUUCAGCAGCAAUAAACACGAGUCAAAGGAUUUUCAUUGUAGUUGGAACACUAGGUAUUAUAUAGGUUAAAUUUUGAAAUACAUACAUAAACAUGAUAUGGUUCCCUUCAGAAUUGAUAUUGUUGAACCAAACACAGAGCUUACGUUCCCGGAAGCGUUUUCACCUGGUCGUGUAAGCAAAUUUUCUAUGUGGCUUAUUGUAUUUGCGAAGUCCGGAUUGAACUUAGGUGGUGAUUUUUUUCAGUGUGGCAUACUCAA